AUGGCAAAGUACUGCCCUGCAGGGGCAUGCCGUUUAUGCGGCAUCCAGGGGCACAACACGUCUAUAUGUCCACAGCUAUCAGGACCGCCUCGGCGGCAACCGAACACAGCGCCUGACAAGCCGGUAUCCCAAAGCAAGGGACCAACGAAGAAAAGGCUCCUCACGCGUAAUUCGGUGGCAACGAAGGUACAUACCCGGUAUUAUGGACGGCAAACAACUGUCCUUCGCAAGAGGACGCUCAGGGAGGCGAGCGCGUCUAAUAUUAUCCACCAAGGAAGUUCCGCAAGUGUGCACAUUCUUGUCGGACAAGCCUAUGUCCGGAACACAAGGGACCAAGCACUGGAGACCAUCCAUGUCAUGCUCGACACCGGAGCAGACCGUUCGUUCAUAAGCAAUGAACUCGCAGAUCGGUUACAACUCCAGAAUGUCAGUACAGUGGAACUGACCAUUAAUACGUUUGGGUCUUCAGAGCCCUUGAAACGGACUUGCGGAGUAACAGAACUCCUUUUCAAAAGACUACAGAACUUCUUCGAGUCGAAAAACGCGCACAGUGCUUUACGUCAACUGUCCACCGAGCGGAGUAGCCGCAUCCAAUAUUCAUCGCGACGUCCCACAACACGCGCCGCGCGAGCCCCUCCAGAGGAGGAAAGAAUCAAACGGCAACUAAGAGAAACGGAGCGAGAAUUAGAAACAGUUGAGAAGGAGCUCGUUGGAGUCAGGAACGCGAUUGAGGCGGAAUGGGAGCCGGACGACGAUGAGAAAGAGGUAUCGCACGAGAGAUUGGAUCGUCUCAGGCGAAAGAAAACAGCGUCUUCCAAGCUAAAUAAAGCGCCGACUCGAGCAGGAAAGAAGACAGUUGCAUGGCCGAUUGGAAAAGGAACGUAG